GUGCCCCUCUUCCUCGUCCUGCCUCUUCUCCCCCCUUUGCACUUCGACCCCAGACAGAGAGUACUCAACUCUCCCCUUCCUUCUCUCUCCUCCCUUAGGAGAGGAAUUGGGAACGGGAAUCCUCUUCUGGUUUUCCUCCGUCUGCGCCAAAUUUCUUCUCGUUCUUCUCGAAAUCGGGGGCUCCGUAGCACCAGAUUUGCCGUUUUCUCCAGAUUUUAGGGUUUCCUUUUAUCUUCUUUUUGAAUGGAAUGGUGAAUCGAUUUCCGGCCGUUUCAUUUUUGGAGAAACGUGGUGAGUGAAUCGAAGAGGAGGGAGAUAUGUAUAGAGAGAGGGGAGGUUGCGGGUCGAAGGUGGAGAUUGGAGCCGCGGAUCGAAAGCGGAUCAAUGAUGCCCUCGACAGGCAUCUGGAGAGGUCCUCGCCGUCGACUUCGAGGGGUUUGAACGGCAAGGAGAAGGGUAGGCUGUCGAUGCCGUCCGUCAACUCGGGGAAGCAGCCCGAGCAUCGAACCUUGUCCAAGAGCAAGCUCUCGGAUGAAGAAUCAGAAACAGAUAGUGAAGAGUCUGAUGUUAGUGGUUCUGAUGGGGAAGACACCUCCUGGAUUUCAUGGUUCUGUAACCUAAGAGGGAAUGAGUUUUUUUGCGAAGUUGAUGAUGAAUACAUACAAGAUGAUUUCAACCUUUGUGGGCUAAGCAGUCAAGUCCCGUACUAUGAUUAUGCUCUUGAUUUGAUCCUGGACGUGGAAUCUUCCAAUGGAGACAUGUUCACCGAGGAACAAAACGAGCUAGUUGAAUCAGCAGCAGAGAUGCUUUAUGGUUUGAUUCAUGUUCGAUAUAUAUUAACCAGUAAAGGGAUGGCUGCUAUGCUAGAGAAAUUCAAGAACUAUGAUUUUGGAAGAUGCCCUCGAGUCUACUGUUGUGGCCAGCCCUGUCUUCCUCUUGGGCAGUCGGACAUACCUCGAUCAAGUACUGUGAAAAUAUAUUGUCCCAAAUGUGAAGAUGUAUACUAUCCAAGAUCGAAGUAUCAAGGCAAUAUCGAUGGAGCUUACUUUGGGACAACAUUUCCUCACCUGUUUCUGAUGACUUAUGGGCACCUCAAGCCACAAAAGCCAUCACAACGGUAUGUUCCCAGGGUAUUUGGCUUCAAAAUUCACAAACCAUGAAUUGGAGCUGAGCUGCCAAACAAAGAGAAUUUUGUUGUAUCUGGAGGGGGUUCAGAAGUAGAAAGUGUUAACCUAUCCUUGCUUUUGGGAUAAUAUCUACUUUGGGUUGUCCUAACUCAAGUUGUUUUAUUUUAAUCUUGUAACGACUGUGCAAGUGUAACUUUUAUGGUUGAUUAUUAAUUUCCAUGUCUCAAUUUGCAAGGUUA